AUGGAUGGGAAAGAUGAACACGUUUUCGACGCUAAGGGUGAAGGGGGUACCGUAGAUAAAUUGCGGGCUAAACAGGAAAAAAAGGAUAUGAAAAAAGCGAAAAAGAAGGCAGCAAAAAAUUCUGCUCGUGGCUCAACGGAAGAUACAUCCGCUGCUGUGUCAACUAAAGAAUUAGAGGUACAAGAAAAAGUGAGAAAGUUGGUGAAUCAACUAGCAAUUCGUGAUGCGAUACAGCCAGUCUCCGGUUCUAGUAGUUCACAGAAGCAAAAGGACAUGAGUUCUCACAAAUUUUGGAGUACUCAACCUGUUCCAAAACAUGGUGAGACGGUUGAAGAUGAUGGUCCAAUAGAGCCCAAUACUCCACAUGAUCAAAUUCGUAAAGAACCAUACGUUUUACCCAAAGAAUUUGAGUGGACAACUUUGGAUUUAAAUAAUGAACCGGAUCUAAACGAGCUCUACACUCUUUUGACAAAUAAUUAUGUCGAAGAUGACGAUGCGAUGUUUCGUUUUGAUUAUUCUGGUGAUUUCCUGAAAUGGGCGCUUCAACCACCAGGUUACUUAAAAAUUUGGCACGUAGGUGUUCGUGUCUCUUCUAACAAGAAACUUGUUGCAUUCGUUAGUGGUAUUCCGGCAGAUAUUCGAAUCUAUGAUUCUCAUCAGCAUCUCGUCGAAAUUAAUUUUUUGUGUGUCCAUAAAAAGCUCCGAAGUAAACGACUAGCACCUGUAUUAAUCAAAGAAAUUACACGACGUUCUCACUUACAAGGAAUAUUUCAAGCGGUAUAUACAGCUGGUGUUGUCCUUCCAAGACCUAUCGCUAAAGCCCGACCGAUGUUAAAGAAAGAUGUCCCUGAAGUUAGAGCAUUGUUAAAUGAAUACAUGAGUAAAUUUAACUUUGUACCUGUUUUUAAGACUGAUGACGAAGUAAAACAUUGGAUAUUAACGAGAGAAGGAGUUGUUUGGUCAUUUGUUGUUGAAGACCCUGAAACAAAAAAAGUGACCGACUUUUUUUCGUUUUAUUAUUUGCCAUCAUCAGUUAUUGGUCACCAAGUUCAUAAAACUAUAAAUGCGGUUUAUUUAUUUUAUUAUGCAGUAAAAGAAUCCGAUGAAAAGGCUACAAAAGGAAGAUUACAAAGUUUAAUGAAGGAUGCAUUGAUAUUGGCGAAAUUGAAAAGUGUUGAUGUUUUCAAUUGUCUUGACCUGUUGGAAAACCAAUUAUUCAUUGAAGAACUAAAAUUCGGACCAGGGGAUGGAUAUUUGAAUUAUUAUAUGUAUAAUUGGCGUUGUAGAGAAAUGGGUAGCGAAAAAGUAGGUGUGGUCAUGUUGUAA